AAAUACAUAAAAAGUAAUUGUUCAAAAAUGUGCAACUGUUAAAUUAUUCAGUGUAGUAUUUAAAUAUGAUAAUAUGUAAUCAUAAAAAUGUGACUAAAUGUGAUCAUUUUCACAUCACAGACACUGAACAAUAGGCAAACAUUGAUUUAUACUCAUAGCAGGAGUUUUAAACUGUUAAUUACUCAUUCAGAGAGCUUCAAUUUGUAUUUUCUACUAAGAAAAAUGUACAGAGGUCCGGACCUCGUAUUUGGCUGCGGUAAUGGCUGUAAAGCAGCUCCUAAAGACAAUAAUGUUAAUAUUCUGUUCUAAUCAAGUUCUUUGAAUUCUGAUGCUAUACGCAGUUGUAUAGCAAUGUCACAUAAUGUGAUUCAGCUUUAUCAGCUCUGCACUAGAUGACAGUUCAUGAGUUUCUUCUCAUAUCGGCAGAUUUUAUCAAAGUUUAAGGUCACUGAUGCUGAAUUAUGUCGUAACUGUUUCUACUAAAUUUGAUUUUCUAAGAAUAGCAAUGCCAUUAAGGAGGAAAUGUGUCACACAUGAGAUUGCUUGUGUGUUUGUAAAGUCUGAAUGAGUGAUAAAUGUGUUAGAUGCUCUGUAUGAGCACUAGAGAGUGAGCGGACACAUUAGCUGUAUUUCCAGAUUAGAUUCUUUCACUGGAAGAAGAGCAGUUAUCAAGGAAGGGCUGCGUUCGUGGAGAAUCGCUGUGCUCGUUUAACCUUGCAGUGUGUGUGAUCGCGCUCACAGACGGGAAGAUGAGCGAGUGACAACGUGACGCUCAGCGCUGGGACGUCUCUGCUCCACACAUUUCCAGAUGAAUGCUGAGAGGAACAUGCCAUCAUGCAGAUUCUGGCUAUCAUGAUGCUGAUGCUGAUGCUGAUUUUAAUGAUGUCAUCACAUUCAGCUCUUGCAGAUCAAAGUUUAACAUGUCAUAAUGAUUACUACAACACCUUUAAAUGUGAUUGGGACACCUCAAAACUGGACGUGAUCCCUCCGGUCCGUCCCGAGACCAUCUGCCGGAUUCAUGUAAAUGUUACGAAGCUAAACACGACUACAAAGAAGGGGCAGAUGUUUGCAGACCUGGCACGGCCUCAUAUACGCUCUGCCACCGUGGUUUUUGAAAGCGAGCUAGGUAUAAUAACAUCAAGGACCAAAUUACAUGAAGAAGUCCGUUGUGACAACUACACAAAUCCCAUGGCUGAAAUAGCAUCACAUGAAGCAAGAAACAGUGCAGUGAAAGCAGCUCCUCCUGAGGAUGUGAAAGUUCACGGGAUCAAUGUUUCUUGGAGUUUUGUUCCUAAAAGAAGCUUUUUAAAGCCAGAGUUUGAGGUCCAGUACAGAUCUGCUGCUCAGAGCUGGAUGGAUGUGGAAAGUUUGACCAUAAAUAUUGAAGAAACUCGAUUCACUCUGUCAGAGGAACAGUUGCUCUUACAUCAGCAGUACGUGAUCAGGGUGCGAGUCAAGUAUCAAAAGACAAAACUGCCCAAUGCCGUGUGGAGCGACUGGAGUAAAGAGUACAGCUGGACAUCUGCUGUGGGUCAGAAGCCCCACACACUAGAAUCGUCUGUGGCAGGAAUCAUGCUCACAGGAAUCACUCUGGCCACCAUAUUAAUCUUCACCAUUCUCAUCAAGUGCAAGAGAAUCAAAAGGAAUGUGGCUUCUUCUCCUUUCAGGGUCCAGAAGAAGGGUUCCACAUAUAUUCCUGAUCCCUCCAAAUUCUUCGGUGAUCUGAACUCGAGCCACGGAGGGAAUUUCACGUCUUGGCUGGGGUCGGUUUUAGCGCACGAGAGCUUCAUCAGAGUGGACACCGAGUUCAUCAGUCAGGUCGAGGUCCUGAAGCUGCAGGACACCUGCGAAUCCCGCGGCUCGCACAGAAACAGCGGCGGCCCGCAGGACGGAUGGGAUGGCCCUGCCAAAUCCUCCGACUUCUCCAACUCCACCUACUUCCUGUCCCAGAGCUCCAAGGAGCCAAGCGACGCUCUGGAGCCCUGCUCGGUGCAUUCCUCCUACGGGCCAGCCGGGGGCGCCGCUGACAUCACUCGCGCUGCUGGAGAGAAGGACACAAAGGAGCUGGAGUUCUCUCUGGAGAAGCUGAGGCAGGACACACAGAGUCCAGAUUCAGGUUUCGCCGGCGGAGCCGAGGACAGCAUGGAGGAGAUGGAGCUCCCAAGUCCUCUGGGCUUAAACCUGGCCCCGCACCUGCCCCAGGACCUGCCGGCGCCGCAGCCCAGCAGACACCCACUCAUGGACCUCCCGCUGCGAUCGAGCUGCCCCAUCCCUGCAUUAGACCUGGACCUCCUCAACCUGGACCUGCAGAGCUGCUGCGGGCUGAUCGAGCCCUCGAGUGGCGAUUACAUGCCAGUGAAAAACGUGCAGAGUUAAAGGGUUAGUUCACCCAAAAAUUACAAUUCUGUCAAUAAUUACCUUCGUUCAUCUUCGGAACACAAAUUAAGAUAUUUUUGAUGAAAUCCAAGAGCUCUCUGAUCCUCCAUAGACAGCAACACAACUGAAAUGUUCCUAGGUCCAGAAACGUUGCAAAACCAUCGUGGACACAGUCCAUGUGACAUCAGGGGUUCAGCCAUAAUUUCACAAAGCUACGAGAAUACUUUUUGUGUGCAAAGAAAACAAAAAUAACAUUUGUUAUGAUGUUUCCUUUUGCACUUUCAUUGCAUGGAAAAGAGCGGCGUGAACAUUUUUCUAAACAUCUCCGUCUGUGUUCCACAGAAAAAAGAAAGUUAUUUAGUUGCUGGUUGCACAAACCACUUGUACUAGUCUUAAAAGUUAGUCAUCUAAGUUUUUUCUUCAAGAAUGGUCAUGACUUUUUAAAGGUAGAUUGGACUAAUUUGAAUCUGAAACCAUGAUGAGAGAGUUACAUUUUUGCCUGUUUAUUACUCAGCAUAAAGUCUUGAUGUUUACUAUGGAUUUUUCUAAAUAGUUAGUAAAGGUGAUUGUCGCGAGCGGAUCUGCUUCUGUGCUGAUUUAUGUGCAGGACAAUGUGAGAAUCACUCCUGAUCUGUGUUUUUUUGUGAAGCAGAACAAGCGCAGGAUCUGCGGACGAAACCAGGUGAAACACAAAGGACCAUUUCCUGUUUCUUUUCACUAAAAUUCGACCGUUCAGUUUACAUGGUACGACAAAGGAAAUCUAGCUGUUUAGAAAAUUAUUCGUUUCAGAUGAGACGAUUUAUAACAUUCUUCACCCUAAAUAUUAUCAUAAUAUAGGGCUAUAAUUUCUAUUUAUAAGAUGUUUGGCAGCAGGAACAUUAAGGAUAACAUGAGACAGAAACACAAAAGCAGAAGGGAAACGUUCUUCACACUUAUCAUGGUUAUUGUUAUUUUGUUUGUUUAUUGUUUGUUUUUAUAUGCCAUUUCAUCUUCUGUCUUGGAUUUUGAAAUGUAUGUUAAACUGAUGAUGUCUGCUAUCUUGAUGAAUGUAAGAGAAGCCAGUAGUUCUCAGCUAUCACAAUUUGCUGCUAAAUAAUAUAUUAAAGCAUGUUUGUUUUUGAUUAGCUCAUUGACUCAAGAUAUAGCUGUUUAGUAUGGGUCAGUUUUUUUUUUUGUUGGGCAUUCAACAGCAUUGUUUCUUAGUGCCACUGAGGUGAAUGAGAAUGACAACAGAUAGAUUCCUCCUAUUUAGGUAUUUUAGACCUAUUAUUGUUACAGUGUAAAAGUAUUGUUGUUUCACUGCUGUGUCAGGUACUACAUGGGAAAUGGCAAGACAUGUGUUUAAUAAAAAAAAUGUAAAAGGUAUUUGUUGCAAAACAGAAAUAAAAUAUGACAAUAUUGUUGCAA